AUGUCUGUGUGUGUGCAUAUCAACAGCUCGCUCUCGGGACAGUCUCCGAAGCUUCUGUGGGAAGUGUUCCCAGGCCAGAUCGGAUUCAGAUCCUCCUACAUUUUUGUUUUGCGAGUGUUUGCCUCCAUUGCCACGAACCUCGGUGAAGGAUGUUUCGUCGGUGGUGCAACACCCCAAGGGCUAAACCCGGCAUUGCUCAAUUGCCCUUUAAUUCUCCCCCUUGUGUAUGCGGCUCGAAUUUAA